CCCGCCCCACCAAUCAAUGAGCGCCUGGUAGUUACGCUUAGCAGUCGAACGUAAGCUGCUGUCAAAGUUACACGCUGUACACACACGCGGAGGGAGUUAAAAGGUCAGUGAUCUCGUUCUACCCGGUAUGAAAGUUAGUUUAGUCGAUGCACCUGUCGAUCGUGCAACCACCUGCCUCGGGUAAAAAUCCCGAGACGGGUAUAGUGGCCUUUAACGAGCCCAUGAAUAACUUUUUGGAAGGCCGUACAACGGCUCAAUUCUCCCUCUUCGAAGCGAUCAAGUACAGGAGAUACCGCCAAGCGAAACUUUUGGUAGAGGCCGGUGUCAACGUCGAUAGCAGAAACGAAAAGGGUGAAACACCCCUCAUAUGCACUUCUCUACAACUGGAGGAUGCCAAAAUUAGGAUUAAAUUCGCCAGGUUGUUCGUGGAUGCCGGAGCCAAUCCUAAUUUGCAGGAUAAUCGAGGAUUAACUGCUCUGAUGUAUGCUGCUAUACAGGAUCAACCAGACUUAGUUUUGAUACUAUUAGAGUGCAAAUCGAUCGAUACGAGUAUUCAGGAUCCCGAUGGUAACACUGCUCUCAUCUAUGCAGCACUACACGGAUACGACGACAUUUUGGCAGUUUUCAUCAACACUUCCCAUCAUUUUGGGUUGCAUUUGAAUCUCGAACAGAAGAACAACGAAGGUAGAAAUGCCUUAGAAACUGCAGAAGAAGCGGGCCACGAAAACUGUGUGGAACUUCUCAGGAAGGACACGAAGACCCCUCUGGUCCUUCAGGAGAUAGUCAUAGAAGAUUACGUCUCCAUUUCUAGCCCCGUUUCGGAGGACAAACCCGUGUCGCAACCCGAAAAUUCCGAGAUCAACCUGCCCAAAUUGGAACAAACACCGGAUCCACCAAGAUUGGAAUUGGAAGGCAAAGAAAUUGAGAAACCCAAGUCGAAAACGCGAAUCCUUCCUCUUCUCUCGCUACAACACGUUGGUGAAGUCGGUAAAUCUUUCACAGCGGGGGACUCGUGGGAAUGGGAUCUGGGUUCCUCCACUAGAAGGAAGUCCCAAAGAUACAAGUACAGGCCCCUGGACACCGGAAGCAGAAGCUUAUCCGAAUCUAGGGGCAAAUUAUCGGACAGUUGGGAUACCAUCAAGUUCUUCAAGAGCAGCGAACAGAUAAGCAGAGACACCAGAACUACCGCUUCGAUGGAUAACGAGAUUUUUAGGCCACCUAACACCGAAAUACUUCUUCCACCCAUAGGUUCAAGGGUCAGCGCUCGUAAGAAGACUCCUUACUUGACUGUACCCGACAAUCCAGUUAAUGAAGAGGGAGAGCUGAAUUUUAAUGGAGAGAAGCUGACGACGAGCGCCUGAUACGGGGGGUCAAAGUUCGUGUUGUGGAUGACAUUCCUUUUGUUUUAUACACACCCAAGCUUGUUGGUUUCGUUCCGUGUUUUGAUUGUUUGUAAA